AUGCAAAUUCUGCUGGAUAUGCAGCCCAAAUCCCUGGCCCCGGCCUUGUACAUCACCGGCCUGGGAUCGCAAUAUCCACCUUAUUUACUAGGACCGAAGGACCUUGACAAAUUGGCAGCGCGCUUUUGUGAUCUCAGUCGUCCAGGAAUCAAAAAGUUACUCCAAGUCAACCGCUCAACGGGCAUUGAAACCAGAUCUGCAAUCCAACCGUACGAGGCAGGAUUUGCAACGCAAAAAGACCCACCCUCAAUCAGUGACAUUGACCAUUUUUUCCGUCAAGCUGGAGUGGACCUAGCCGUACAAGCAUGCCAAAAGGCCCUCAAGGACGCAAAUAUCGCACCCGAACAGAUCACCCACACGGUCGGCGUGACCUGUACCAACCAAGGUAACCCAGGUUAUGAUUUUCACGUAGCCCGCCAAUUGAACCUUCCACUCAAUGUCGACCGCACCCUUCUCCACGGCGUUGGAUGCGCGGGCGGGCUGUCAAUAAUGCGGGCCGCCGCGCAGAUAGCCGGCGGGGCAAGUCUGCGGCGGAAACCGGCCCGCAUUUUGGCGUUUGCUUGCGAGCUGUGUACGCCUAACGUGCGACAUUAUUUAUCCAUGGCGGAGCUUGGCACCAACUCGGAUCAAGUGAAUAUCGCUGCGGCUUUGUUUUCGGAUGCUGCGGCUGCUUUUGUUCUGUGUAAUGAGUAUGCCAUGGCUCAGGACAAGCAAGUCACUGCUCAAUUUGAGCUUCUUGAAUGGGGCUGUGAUUUGGUUGCGGGUACUGCUGAGCAUAUGACGUUUUAUUCAGAUAUUGAUGGUUUGUCGAUCGUUGUUUGCCCAUUGAAGAAACCUUGA